UUGUGAGCGUCAUAUUUAUUCCUUCUUCGGCCUUCAAGCUAGCUAGGGCAGGAGCAUCAGCACAAGCCAGCCGCCAUGGUGAAGUACUCCAGAGAACCCGACAAUACCACGAAGUCCUGCAAGGCGAGAGGCUCCGACCUUAGAGUCCAUUUUAAGAACACUAGGGAGACAGCCUUUGCCAUUAGGAAGUUGCCCUUGGCGAAGGCAAAAAGGUACUUGGAAGAUGUGAUAGCCCACAAACAGGCUAUUCCAUUCAGAAGGUUCUGUGGCGGUGUUGGGAGGACAGCUCAGGCAAAGAACAGACAUUCUAAUGGACAAGGGCGCUGGCCUGUGAAGUCAGCUAAAUUCAUUCUUGAUUUGCUCAAGAAUGCAGAAAGUAAUGCUGAAGUGAAAGGCUUGGAUGUAGAUGCUCUCUACAUUUCUCACAUCCAGGUUAAUCAAGCACAGAAGCAAAGACGCAGAACCUACCGUGCUCAUGGAAGAAUCAACCCCUACAUGUCAUCUCCAUGCCACAUAGAAUUGAUACUAUCUGAAAAAGAAGAGCCUGUGAGGAAGGAGCCGGAGACCCAGUUGGCAACAGGCAAGAAAGCCUAAGCUUUUUGCAGUGUUGCGUCAUCAUCAAUUGCUGCUGACAUAAGAGUUUUGUGAUUUUUACUUGUUGUUUACAUUUGGCAUUGAGCUUUUCUUAGAAGAGUUGUGUUUUGUCUCAUACUUCGAGUUGAUCAGAUCUUCGUGAGAACAUAACGUGCUAAACCACCUGAUUGGUUGGUUCGUUACUCUGUUGGGAUACUUGUUGUUUAGAGCGUAAUAUUAAAUUUUGAUUUAGAACA